AUGAAGACCACAAUACAUCGAUUUCUACUUCUUUCAAUACUAUUUAUCAGCAAAUUAUGCCAAAGUUCAGCUGUACAUGAAGAUCUGUACGUCGUGCCAUCACCCGUAAUAGGCAACGGUGAUGGAACUCUUGCAUCUCCUUAUUCAUCAUUACAACAAGCUCUCCAACAUGUCGAAAGUGAACGUAUUCGCACUAAUACGACAUCACUAUCCAGAACAACGGUUCAUUUGUAUCCAACCUAUCAUUUUGUGAACACUGUUCAUAUAACGCAAGCACACAAUCGUAUACGAUUAACAACGAUGACAGAGGAAUAUGCUACUCUAUUUGAUGAGUUAUUUACUCGUGAAAAAUCGCACCAACGAUUAAAACAAGCUGUUAUUAGUGGCGGAAUGCCAGUAACUGGCUGGACACAUGUCAGUGGAAAUGUCUACAGUGCAGUUGUGCCAUCUCCCCUGUUUGUUAACCAAUUAUUUGUCAAUAAUCAACGAAUUGUUCGCACACGUAUUCCCACAAAUUUCUCCGAAUAUUUACAAUAUGCCGCCCCUUUGAACGAUUCCAUUCAAUCAAGGUACGGUUUUCAAUAUGUUCCUGGUCAGUUCAAUUAUACAUCAUUAUCAGAUGCUAUGGUUAUUAUUUAUCAUAGUUGGACCGAGUCCCAUCACUAUAUCGAUCGAUUAAUACCAUCGAAUAAUACGAUUUUCUUUACGAAUCCAUCGCAGUAUCCUAUUGGAGAAUUUACUCAGCAAGCGCAACGACGAUUUCAUAUUGAAAACCUUUGUGAAGCACUCGUUGCUAAUUCAUUUUGUUUCGUCAAUGAAACGAAAACUGUUUUCUUGAUGACAGAUGGUUCCUAUGAUCCGACCACAGCGCAAAUCAUCACGUCCGUACAAGAAAUCGUUGUUUCACUGGUAAGUAACAGUACAACAGAUCCUGUUCGAGAUUUUAUCGUUGACAACAUUGCUAUCCAGCAUGGUGCAUGGCAUAUAGGUCGUACUGAACAAGCCAAUUCAGCUUCAGCAGCAUUUCUCACGUCGGUUGCAUUUUUUAUCGCUAAUGCAACAUCGAUCACUAUUUCUAAUGUGGAAAUUAGUCACACAGGCUCCUACGGACUACGACUACGAGAAGGAACUUCGAAUAUUGUUUUUAUGAAUUCACUCAUCAACGAUACAGGUGCUGGUGGCGUCUGGGUUGGUGAUUGGGCGACAUCACCGUCCAUAUUAGCAAAUUCCAAUAAGAUUCUUUCCAAUGAGAUCAGCUAUGGUGGCAAUGUUUUUCCCAGUGCUGUAGGAGUUUUAGUUUUUCGUGCCUAUGAUAUUAUCAUCGCAGAUAAUAGUAUUCAUCAUCACCGAUACAACGGUGUAUCUGUUGGUUCACAGAACGGCUAUGACGAAUCGUUCACAUGGAAAAUUCUAAUCAUAGGAAACUAUAUUUACACAAUUGGUCAACAUAUUCUCUGUGAUCAAGGCGGAAUCUAUACAAUUGGUAUUCAACCAGGUACCAUUAUUCAUGGUAAUGUGAUAAAAAAUGUGUACAGUUAUGCAGUAUAUAUGUGGGGUAUAUAUCUUGAUGAUGGCGCAUCGAAUAUUCUUGUUUCAAAUAAUGUAGUGUACAAUACAGGUUGGAGCUCGUUAUUUCAACAUUAUGGUGCGAACAAUACCAUUGUCAACAAUGUUUUUGCUCGCGCAUCGUUGAUUGAACCGCCACACCCGGGCGAUGCUUUUCCAGAUGGUGACGUUCGUAUUCAACUUGCUGAAAACCAUACCUCAUGGACAUAUACACGCAAUAUUGUGUAUGACGUUUACCAGGGAGCAAAUCAUUCAGCCUACAAAACUGAUCCGCAUGUUACGUCAAUAUCAAAUAAUAAUGUUUAUUUCAAUCCUUAUGGGACCUUGUUACUGUUCGGUCCGGACAAAGUGCCGUUUGAUGAAUGGCAAAAGGCAGGCCAUGACAAUGGAAGUGUUAUGGCUGAUCCGUUAUUUUUAGGCGAUGUUAAUCAGUGCGACUUCUUUACGGUAAAACCAAACAGCCCAGCAGCAGAGCUUGGAUUUGUUAAUCUCACAAAACCGAGCCAAUGGAGUCCGGGUUGUGAUGAUGGUGGUGGUGAAGCUCAAAUCAGUAAUCAAUUUUAUCGUUGGUAA